CGGGAAGGGGAGGAGCACGCACCCCUCCCAGCCUUGGUGCGCGCCGCGCCCCCUACCCUCUCGGUACCAAGUAGGGGACGCGCGGGCCGGACGCGCCCAGACGGCCGCGAUGGCGCCAGUGGCCCGCGGGCUCCCCUGGGGGAUGGGCCCCUGCCCGGCCUUUCGGGGCUGGGGCGCGGCCGUCUUCGUGUGGCUCUUUCUCAGAACCUUGUGCACAGCCCCGGCCAGCGCCAUCCAGGUGACGGUGUCAGACCCCUACCAGGUGGUGAUCCUAUUCCAGCCCGUGACCCUGCCCUGCACCUACCAAUUGACCACGACCCCUACGGCACCCAUCGUCAUCUGGAAGUACAAGUCUUUCUGCCGGGACCGCAUCGCCGAUGCCUUCUCCCCGACCAGUGCUGACAACCAGCUCAAUGCCCAGCUAGCAGCGGGUAACCCAGGCUACAACCCCUAUGUGGAGUGCCAGGACAGCAUGCGCACUGUCAGGGUCGUGGCCACCAAGCAGGGCAAUGCCGUGACCCUGGGAGACUACUACCAGGGCCGAAGGAUCACCAUCACAGGAAAUGCUGACCUGACCUUUGAGCAGACGGGUUGGGGGGACAGUGGCGUGUAUUACUGCUCCGUGGUCUCGGCCCAGGACCUCCAGGGGAACAACGAGGCCUAUGCAGAGCUCAUCGUCCUGGGCAGGACCUCGGGGGUGGCAGAGCUCUUACCUGGUUUUCAGGCGGGGCCCAUGGAAGACUGGCUGUUUGUGGUCGUGGUCUGCUUGGCUGCCUUCCUCGUCUUCCUCCUCCUGGGCAUCUGCUGGUGUCAGUGCUGUCCCCACACCUGCUGCUGUUAUGUCCGGUGCCCCUGCUGCCCGGACAGGUGCUGUUGCCCGGAGGCGCUGUAUGCCGCAGGCAAAGCGGCCACCUCAGGCGUCCCAAGCAUCUACGCCCCCAGCACCUAUGCUCACCUGUCCCCUGCCAAGACCCCGCCCCCACCAGCCAUGAUUCCCAUGGGCCCCAUCUACAAUGGAUACCCUGGAGACUUCGACAGGAAUAGCUCAGUUGGCGGCCACAGCUCCCAGGUACCCCUGCUUCGUGACACAGACAGCAGUGUGACCUCUGAAGUCCGCAGUGGCUACAGGAUCCAGGCCAGCCAGCAGGAUGACUCCAUGCGGGUCCUAUACUACAUGGAGAAAGAGCUGGCCAACUUUGACCCUUCUCGACCUGGUGCCCCCAAUGGCCGUGUAGAGCGGGCCAUGAGUGAAGUUACCUCCCUCCACGAGGACGACUUGAGAUCCCGGCCUUCCCGAGGUCCUGCCCUUACCCCAAUCCGGGAUGAGGAAUGGGGUCGCCACUCCCCUCGAAGUCCCAGACGGUGGGAGCAAGAGCCCCCGGUAGAGCAGCCAGGGAGUGGCUGGGGGGCCGGGCGGCCCCGUGCCCGAUCUGUGGAUGCUCUGGAUGACCUCACCCGGCCGAGCUCUGCUGAAUCUGGGAGGAGGUCUCCCCCAAGUAGGGGGAGGAGAGGUCAAGCCUAUAGACCGCCCAGAAGCCGAAGCCGAGAUGACCUCUAUGAUCAAGAUGACCCAAGGGAAUUUCCACACUCCCGGGAUUCCCACUACGAUGAUUUCAGAUCUAGAGACCGCCCUCAUGCUGACCCUAGGUCCCGCCACCACCGCUCCCGGGACCCUCGGGAGGAUGGCUCCAGGUCUGGGGACCCCCAAUAUGAUGGGCGGCUACUGGAAGAGGCCUUGAGGAAAAAGGGGCCAGCUGAGAGGAGGAGACCUUACAGGGAGGAAGAGGAGGAGGAGGCCUACUACCCUCCAGCGCCUCCCCCUUACUCUGAGACGGACUCCCAGGCCUCACGCGAGCGGAGGCUUAAGAAGAACUUGGCCCUGAGUCGGGAAAGUUUAAUCGUCUGAUCUCACUUUUUCUAUGUACCUUUUGUACUUUUUUUUUUUAAUUUGAGGGACUAAUUGAUGAUCUUGCCCUCCUAAGUCUAAUAAAACUUAUGAUCAC